GAGCAUUACAACAGCACUCAAGGUUGAGGUAGUAAGAACAAAGAAGCAAACAUAGAAGAGGAAAAAGGAAAGAAAUAAAAAGCUGACUAACAAUGAACAUCAUCCCAAGCUUAAGUGCUGGAACUUGGACAUUACUUAUUCUCUUUUUGACUCUCCUGUUUCUAUAUGGGACCUGGACACAUAAGACCUUUAAGAAGUUGGGAAUCCCAGGCCCACCACCUCUUCCCUUCUUUGGCACUGUUCUUUCUUAUCGGAAAGGUUUUGCAGAUUUUGACUUGAGUUGUUUUAAAAAAUAUGGGAAAACAUGGGGGUUUUUUGAUGGCAGGCAACCUGUAUUGGCCAUCAUGGACCCAGAGACUAUCAAAUUAGUGCUAGUGAAAGAGUGCUAUUCUGUCUUCACUAAUCGUCGGAACUUUGGUCCAGCUGGGAUUUUGGAGACUGCUGUUUCAAUUGCUGAAGAUGAAAAUUGGAAGAGGAUUCGAACAGUGUUGUCUCCAACAUUUACAAGUGGAAAACUCAAGGAGAUGUUUCCUAUCAUUAACCAAUAUGGAGAUGUAUUAGUGAAGAACAUGAAGAAUGCUGCAGAGAAAAGCAAGCCUGUGACAAUGAAAGAGAUUUUUGGGGCCUACAGUAUGGAUGUGAUUACCAGCACUUCAUUUGGUGUCAAUAUUGAUUCCUUGAAUAAUCAGAACGAUCCCUUUGUCAGAGAAAUUAAGAAGUUAAUCAAAUUCAGUUUUCUGGAUCCACUCAUACUUACAAUAACACUCUUUCCAUUCCUUGUUCCUUUGCUUAAAAAAUUGGAUGUAACUGUCUUUCCAAAAGAAGCAACAGAUUUCUUAGCAAAGUCAAUCAAAAAAAUAAAGGCAGAACGAAAGGCCAAUACACAGAAGCACCGGGUAGAUUUCCUUCAGCUUUUGAUGGAUUCUCAGACUUCUAAAAAUUCAGAGUCGCACUCUCACAGAGAUCUGAGUGAUGAGGAAGUUCUUGCUCAAUCCAUUAUCUUUCUUUUUGCUGGCUACGAAACCACCAGCUCUGUACUUUCUUUUCUCUUUUACCACCUGGCCACCAACCCUGAGAUCCAGGAAAAGCUUCAGAAGGAGAUCGAUGAAGUUUUGCCCAAUAAGGAAGCAGUCAUGUAUGAUAACCUGUUGCAGAUGGAGUACUUAGACAUGGUGAUAAAUGAAAAUCUCAGGCUGUAUCCCAUAGCUGGCAGGAUUGAGAGGGUUGCUAAGAAAACUGUAGAGAUCAAUGGACUAAUGAUUCCUAAAGGCACCGUGGUGAUGGCUCCACCCUUUGUCCUUCAUCGUGACCCAGAAUACUGGCCAGAGCCAGAGGAGUUCCGCCCUGAAAGGUUCAGUAAGGAAAACAAAGAGAGCAUUAACCCCUAUGUGUACCUGCCCUUUGGUGCUGGUCCUCGAAACUGCAUUGGGAUGAGAUUUGCACUUAUGAGUAUGAAAGUUGCAACUAGCCGACUCCUGCAGGAAUUUACCUUCAAAACUUGUAAAGAGACACAGGUUCCUCUGAAGUUAAGCAAUCAGCCACUCCUUACACCAACUGUUCCCAUUGUUCUGAAAGCUGUACCAAGAACCAACAAGGCAAAUCAGAAAUAAAAACUCUUCUCAUUCUAUGAUUUCUCUUCUGUAGUGCAAAGCUACAGGAUCCUAGGGCUUCAAAAGUAACUUACUUUACCUUAUGAACCAAACAUGGAAAAAAAUUUAAUUUUUUUCUUUUUAACCACAGGAAAUGAGUACAUUUCAGAUGGUCUUUUGGAGAUCUCCAUGUUUGAUAACCAUUGAAUAAUGUUCAGUGGUAUCAAGUAUCACAUAUAUUGAUCCAACUCAUCAUGUUGCAAAAAAAAAACCCUCUAAAA